CAGAUUUAUCAAAAAAUCGGUUCAGUGAAUUACCAGAUGAAGUGACGUCAUACGUUUAUUUAGAAAAGUUAUUGUUAUCACAAAACAUCAUAAGGACAGUUCCAAAUGCAGUCGGAGGUCUUCAGUCACUCACAUAUUUAGAUUUAAGUUCGAACCAGCUCACCGAAUUACCGCGGGAAGUAUGUCAGAUGCCGCUGCAGGUGUUGUUACUACCCGACAAUAUGCUGUCGACGUUGCCGAAGGAGAUCGGCAAGAUGUCGUCCCUGGCUGAGCUGGACGCGUCGAACAACAGGCUGACACAGGUGCCCAUGACCCUUGGGGAUUGCGCCGGCCUGAGGGCGCUCGACCUUAGCAAUAAUCAGUUGGGACUACUGCCGUUACAGAUCACAUACCUGAGGCUGGAACACUUGGACGUGAGCUGUAACUGCAUCUCGUCACUACCGCUGGAACUUCGCAACAUGAACACACUAGUUACGCUUAAUUUAGACAACAAUCCCCUCGUUUCACCUCCCACCACAAUAUGCAUGCGCGGGCGCGUGCAUAUAUUCAAGUACCUCGAGAACAUGGCGAAUAAAGACUCCUUGCCUGCCCACCGGCUUGACGACACCCGACGUUCUGCUAAGCACAGCUCCUACAUCAACAACUCCCCGACACAGAGUACCACUCAUCAGAUCACAUCGGGUAAUGCCACUAUCGAUUUUAGGCAUAAACCACGGCAUGUUGUCGACAGUGGCUACAGCACUGACGGUGUCGAUAAGAGGUGGUCGAAUGAUGGCAGUGGCGAUAUGGGAGGGGCAGCGGUCGUUCCACCCUAG